CAGCUCCUCUAUUCAAUCCCCCCUGACGGCCAGAAAACCUUCGACCAUGUCGCUCAAAUACACCACAGUGGACGACAUUCCACAGAUUCACCAGGACCUGCGGAGGGCGUUCCGCACGGGCAAGACAAAGUCCAUUGCGUUCCGCAAACAGCAGCUCCUGAACCUUUGUUACCUCGUCGAGGACAACUGGGAGCGUAUCAAGGAUGCUUUCUUCGCUGAUCUUGGGCGUCCACGCGAGGAGGCUCAGCUGCUUGAACUCAACGGCACCCUUGGUGAGCUGAAGGAGGCGUACGACAACGUCGAGAAGUGGGCGGCCCCUGAGAAAGCUCCUUUCUCAUGGCUUUGGUUCGCCAUGUCUCCCACGAUCAGAAACGAGUCGAAGGGCGUCGUUCUACUAAUCAGCCCCUUCAAUUAUCCGCUGUACCUCCUUCUUUGCCCACUGGCGGGCGCUAUAGCCUCGGGGAACGCGGUGCUGAUGAAACCAUCGGAGCUUUCUCCGGCAAUGGCUGCGCUGCUCACAGAGCUCGUUCCGAGGUAUCUCGACCCGGAACUAUAUCAAGUCGUGAACGGCGGGAUACCGGAAACGACUAAGAUUCUCGAACUCCCAUUUGACCAUAUUCUCUACACGGGUGGAGGCCGUGUCGCGCGAGUCGUUCUCGCUGCCGCAGCGCGGCAUCUCACUCCGGUCACGCUUGAGCUUGGUGGCAAAUCGCCGUGUGUCAUCGACCCGAAGUGCGAUGUCAAGACCGCAGCUAAGCGUAUCAUGUGGGGCAAGCUCGUCAAUGCAGGGCAGUUGUGUCUGUCGCCGGACUACGUCCUCGUUCCGGAAUGGUUCCAAGAAACCUUCGUCGAGGCGCUGAAAAACGCGUACUACGAGCUCCACCCGAUCGACCCGAAGGUGUCCGGUCAGGUCACAAGGAUGGUGAAUGAAAGCCACGCAGCGCGGGUCAAGGCCCUUAUCGACAAUACAAAGGGCACGAUUGUCUUCGGUGGCGAGGUCGAUAUGGAGACCAAGUAUGCCGCGCCGACGCUGAUCAAGGAUGUUCGCGGAGACGAUUCGUUGAUGAGCGAGGAACUGUUUGCACCGUUCCUUCCGGUCGUGCCGGUGAAGGACGUAGAUGAAGCUAUCGAGUUCAUCAAUGAACGGGACCACCCACUCAACAUCUACGUUUUCACGAAUAACUCGGCGUUCAAGGAGAAGGUCUUCAGCAACACUCGCAGCGGUACGGCGGCCGCAAACGAUACCAUACUGCAUGUCAUGGCGUAUGGCAUGCCCUUCGGCGGUGUUGGUGGUAGUGGCACCGGUUGCACCACGGGCAAGUACAUCUUCGACACAUUUACGCACAAGCGCUGCACGACAGACUCCCCUGGCUGGUUGGAUCCCGCACUGAUGGCGGCACGCUACACGCCGUACAACAAGAGUGCGUUCCGACUCCUCAAUGCGCUCCUGAAGCCCACGCUUCCUCCGCGUGACGGCAGCAUGCCGCUCGCCACGAAGCUGAGCUACGGCGCUGUCAUCGCCCUCGCCGGCCUUGCUGCUACUUGGUUGGCAUGCACGGGCAAGCUCGAUCUGAGACUGCCGUUGCGGUUCUUGAACAGGCUCUAAGAGCCUAUACUCCCGUUCUUUGAUAGGUUUACAUGGUCGGAAUUCAGGUUUGUGUAACAUAUCGCUCGAUACGGCUACGGCCGGCACUCUCUUCUUGCUCACGCUCAUUUCAAACUGCACUUUCGCUCGGUUACUAUCACUCUACUGUUCGUACGCGGCAUGGACAGACUUUCACCCAAAUAGACUCUAGACAUUCGCAUGCCCCAAUGCAGUUCGUCAAAGCGAUAUACGUUCGAACAAUUCAUAUAUG